CUGAGCAGCAUCCUGCAUCCCUGGGUACCGCUCAGCAUCCCUGAGCAGCAUCCUGCAUCCUCGGAUACUACUCAACAUCCUUAGGUACCACUCAGCGCCUCAGGCAGCAUCCCGCAUCCUUGGGUAGCAUCCUGCAUCCCUGGGUACCGCCCAGCACCCCUGAGCAGCAUCCUGCAUCCUACUCGACAUCCUUAGGUGCCAGCGCACACCUUUGGGUACCAGCAGCACCUUUGGGCCCCCCCCAAAUCUCUUCUCGACGCCCCCCCAGCCCCGGACCCCCAUUGCUCCAAAGCCAUGGCCGAACCCAGCACCGAAUGCAGCAUCAAAGUCCUGUGCCGAUUCCGACCCCUCAACCAAGCGGAGAUUCUCCGGGGGGACAAAUUCCUGCCCGUCUUCCAGGGUGAUGACAGCGUGGUGGUGGGGGGCAAACCCUACGUCUUCGACCGCGUCUUCCCACCCAACACCACCCAAGAACAGGUCUACCACGCCUGCGCCAUGCAGAUCGUCAAGGAUGUCUUGGCUGGAUACAACGGCACCAUCUUCGCCUACGGGCAGACGUCAUCGGGCAAGACCCACACCAUGGAGGGGAAGCUUCACGACCCCCAACAGAUGGGCAUCAUCCCCCGCAUCGCCCAGGACAUCUUCAACCACAUCUACUCCAUGGAUGAGAACCUCGAGUUCCACAUCAAGGUUUCUUACUUUGAAAUCUACCUGGACAAGAUCCGGGAUCUGCUGGACAUGACCAAGACAAACCUCUCGGUGCACGAGGACAAGAACCGGGUUCCCUACGUCAAGGGCUGCACCGAGCGCUUCGUCUCCAGCCCUGAGGAGAUCCUGGACGUCAUCGAUGAAGGCAAAUCCAACCGGCACGUGGCUGUCACCAACAUGAACGAGCACAGCUCCCGCAGCCACAGCAUCUUCCUCAUCAACAUCAAACAGGAGAACGUGGAGACGGAGCAGAAGCUCAGCGGGAAGCUCUACCUGGUGGACCUGGCCGGGAGUGAGAAGGUCAGCAAGACGGGGGCUGAGGGCGCUGUGUUGGAUGAGGCCAAAAACAUCAACAAAUCCCUCUCGGCGUUGGGCAACGUCAUCUCGGCUCUGGCUGAGGGCACGAAGGCGUACGUGCCCUACCGGGACAGCAAGAUGACGCGGAUCCUUCAGGACUCGCUGGGUGGGAACUGCCGCACCACCAUGUUCAUCUGCUGCUCCCCCUCCAGCUACAACGACGCCGAGACCAAGUCCACCCUCAUGUUCGGGCAGAGAGCCAAGACCAUCAAGAACACGGCGUCGGUGAACCUGGAGCUGACGGCCGAGCAGUGGAAGAAGAAGUACGAGAAGGAGAAGGAGAAGAACAAGGUGUUGAAGGAGACCAUCGCCAAGCUGGAGGCCGAGCUGAGCCGCUGGCGCAGCGGAGAAGCCGUGCCGGAGACGGAGCAGCUGAGCGGGAGCGAGGCGGAGGCCGGGACGGGCGAGGGGACAGGAGAGGGGACGGAGCCCAUCGGGGAGACCCCCCUCAACGACAACAGCUCCUCCAUCGUCAUCCACAUCUCCGACGAGGAACGCCGCAAGUACGAGGAGGAGAUCCGCAAGCUCUACAAGCAGCUGGAUGACAAGGACGAUGAGAUCAAUCAGCAGAGCCAAAUCAUGGAGAAGCUCAAGCAGCAGAUGCUCGACCAGGAGGAGGUGCUGGCGGCGGCGCGGGGCGGCGGGGAGGCGGCGCGGCGGGAGCUGGCGGCGCUGCGUGCCGAGCACGGGGCGGCACGGGCCGAGGUGGCCGAGGUGUUGGCCGCGUUGGAGGAGUUGGCGCGGAGCUACGACCGCAAAGCCCAGGAGGCCGAGGACACCGGGCGCCACAACCGCCGGCUCGCCGAUGAGCUGGCCCGCACCGAGGCGGCGUCGCAGUCUCUGGAGUCGGAGCUGCAGAGGGUGCGGGAACUCGGGGGACAACAGCGCAAACGAGCGGCCGAAGUGCUCAACGGACUCAUGAAGGACCUCAGCGAGUUCAGCCUCAUCGUGGGCAACGGCGAGAUCAAACUGCCCGUGGAGGUGAGCGGGGCCAUCGAGGAGGAGUUCACGGUGGCGCGGCUCUACAUCAGCAAAAUCAAAUCGGAGGUGAAGUCGGUGGUGAAGCGCUGCCGACAGCUGGAGAACCUGCAGGUGGAGUGCCACCGCAAGAUGGAGGUGACGGGGCGCGAGCUCUCCUCCUGCCAGCUCCUCAUCUCCCAGCACGAGGCGAAGAUCCGCUCUCUGACGGAGUAUAUGCAGUCGGUGGAGCUGAAGAAGCGGCACUUGGAGGAGACGCACGACGCCCUCAGCGAGGAGAUCGCCCGCCUGCAGGCCCGGGAGAUGGCUCAGGGGGGGCCCCACCGGGACCGGGAUGAGAGCCCCAACACCGAUGAGGUCAAGGCGCUGGCGCUGCAGCUCGAGGGUCAGCGGGAGGCGCAGCUGCAGCACUGCGGUCGUCUGCGCGAUGACAUCAACGAACGGCAGAAAAUCAUCGACGAACUGCGAGAUCUCAAUCAGAACCUGCGGUUGGAGCUGGAGAAGCUCCGGGCGGAGCACGAAGCGCUGAGGGCGGAGGAACGCGCGAAGGCCGCGCGGCUGCAGGAGCUCACGUUACUCUACGAGCGCCACGAGCAGUCCAAACAGGAUCUCAAAGGGUUGGAGGAGACUGUGGCUCGUGAACUCCAGACCCUCCACAACCUUCGCAAACUGUUUGUUCAAGACGUCACAACUCGAGUCAAGAAAAGCGCCGAGUUGGAGCCCGAGGACAGUGGGGGGCUGCACUCCCAGAAGCAGAAGAUUUCCUUUCUUGAGAACAACCUGGAGCAGCUUACAAAGGUUCACAAACAGCUGGUCCGUGACAAUGCAGACCUGCGCUGCGAGCUUCCGAAGCUGGAGAAGCGGCUCCGCGCUACGGCUGGGCGGGUGCAGGCGCUGGAGGGCGCGCUGAGGGAGGCCAAGGAGGGCGCGAGGCUCGAUAAGCGCCGUUAUCAGCAGGAGGUGGAGCGCAUCCGAGAGGCCGUCAGGGCGCGGGGGGGGCGCCGCGGGCCCGGGAACGUCGCCAAACCGGUGCGACCCGGGCAGCUCCCGGCGGCCUCGCCCCCCCCCCUGAGCUACAGCAAUGGGCUCUUCGGGGCCUUCCCCGGGGGGGGCGCCCCCCCCCAAGCGCUUUUUGCCACCCCCCCCACGCUGACCACCCCCCCCCCGGACCCUUAUCAGCAACUCAACGUUGAUAACGGGAACAUAACAGACAUCAACGAUAACAGGAGUGACUUAUCCUGCGCCUGCGAAGCCGAAGACCCCUCUCAGCUCUUCCCUCUGCGCCAGGAGACGGCGGCCAGUUAAUGCCCCCCAAAAAAAGGUCCCCCCCGGACCCGUCUCCGCUCGCAUGUCCUGGUGUGUGUCCCCCCCCCCCCGUGCUCGCCUCCUCCUGCCCCACAGCGAGGGGGGGGGUGUCCGUCUGCCCCCCAAGUA